AUGGCUUAGCAACUGAAUCUAACAGGGCUGUCUAGUAAAGCUCUGCAGAUGAAUGCCAUGCACCUUAACUAUUUGUUCUCUAUUCUAUCAUUAUCUUUUUGUUUUCAUUUUCUUAUGUUCAUUACUGAUUUGUGACACUUUGCAUUAUGGAUAAAAAAUUAUUUAAACUUAUAGAAAUUCUGGGGGGGCUUCCUGAAGAUGAAGAAAUUUUUAUUUCCAUUUCAUUUUCUGCCCCUCGGUUGUCUGUUGUGGCCACCACAACCAGCAAAGGUAGAGUGGUGGUGCAGCGGCUGCGAGAAGGGGAGCUGAGUUGCUGUGUUGUACCUUGGACCUCAGACCCUCUGCUGCUGCCUAAUGCACUCGCUUUCAGCCCCACUGCUGAGCAUCUCCUCAUAGCUGUGAACAAUGGAAGCCUGUAUGUGCUGCCAUUGUGGAGCCUGUGGCCCGAGAGUGGUGCUGGGUCACAUCGGGCUGGGAAGCCUGCACUGCCAGCUGAGGAUGUCUACCCUGAGCACAUCUUGGAUGAGGUCUUCACCAUACCAGCUUGUGGUAGCAGAGCCAAACCUUCUGCUCUUGUUUGGUGGCAGCCAUCAGGAGGAGACCUGCAGAUAGCCAUCAUAGGGACGGUGCUGGGGGAGCUGUGUAUGGUGGAGCUCACCACAGGGCGCGAGGUGGGAGGCACUUACAUCACGCAGCCUGUCGCCUCCCUCGCCCUUUGCAGUGACAACGCCCUCGACACCACCAACCUCCUCAUACGUGAUCAAAGCGGCCAUGAGUUUCAUCUGCUGCUGGAGCACCGCAGUCGGAGGUUCCUAUUCCCUCUGGAGCUCCACGAGCCUGAUGGAGGUGAUGGCGUCUACCAGCCCUAUGGUGGCGAUGGUGGUGGUGGUUGUCUACCAGAGCCGCUGUGUUCGUGGCUGCCUGAGAGGGGCGACCUCAUAGCUGCACCUCAGUACUCCAACAGCUCGUACCUCAUAUCUCUGCACGACACCAACCGCAAUACACUCAAGGCUGCUGCUGCUUCUAGUGCUGCUGCUGUGCCCGCUGAUUGCGAGGCUGCAGGCGCGGUGGAUGUCAAGGGCCCAAAAAGAGACCACGUUUUGGAGGUCGUUGAGCUACCCGAGCAAUACAAGAUCCUGCGAUUGCUGCCCUUUGGAGCAGUGAACCACAUCCGCGAAUCAGACUCUGAUCUGCCGGAGACUCUACAGCAGGAGCAGGAGGAGGAUGCGCAGGUGGAUGAACUUCUCGCUGGCAGGAAGAUGACCUACGCCCCCAGCUGCCUUGUGGUCACCAACCGCGGCUUGUGCGUCCUGCAGCUUGUAGAGAGCGCCGAGUAUGUGUUCAUGGAGCACUUGGUGGGGUGUGGCAAGCCUGAGGUGGCACACCGUCUCGCCGCGGUCUUCUCGCUCGACGCCGCCCUGUACGAGGUCGCCGCUGACGCCAGGCUCAGGGAGAAGAAGUUUGCUUCAGCUCUCGUGCUCUACAAACAUGCCAGGUUCUCCCACACCCGCUGCGCCCUGAAGCUGGCCCUCUAUGGUUUGACGACAGAAUUCCUGAGCUACGCUGGCAAGCUGCUCUCGGGGACGCCCUGCACCGCUGAGGUAUCCCUUGAGGACAAGCAGGAACUGUCGACGCUGAGUGUGGUGGCCUUCCUAGGCCAGCUGUGCGCACUCAAAGAGUCUCUCUCAGAAGCCCAAGCUGCGUAUAUGAAGGAGAGUCGCGUCGGGGACUCAGGUCUCACCAUCGGCAACGCAUCAAAUGAAGAAUCGAAUGGGUUGAUAAAAAGUAUGGAAGAUUUGGCUUGUGUUUCGAAGAUGAAAGACGCGCCUUUGAGUAAAGUUCAAACUGAAGCGGCUGGCUUGUGCGACGAAGAAGUACAAACCAAAUUUUCAGCUCUCUCAGUUGCUGCCGAAAAUCCCAAAUCAGCUACUGCUCUUGCAGACGCUCAAACAAUCGAUGGAUCUCAAUUUAUUGAAAGUGGCAUUAAGAAGAUGAACGAAGCGAACGAAAUUCAUAAUCUAAAAGGUUCCAGCCUGCAGAUCGUGAAUGGACGUGACGCUGAAGAGAGUGUCCCGGGUGACGUAAGGCUGAUUGAGGGCGCUGCUAUUGGUGCUGUUGGCACGAGCGAUGUUAAUAACGUAACCAGCAACGUUGAUAGCGUUAGCGUAGGUCACAGCCAAUUAUCUAGUCAGGAAACUAGUCCCGUUAAGUCUAAGAUUAGCCUAUCAAAUAGUAUAACAAAUGAAACAACUAGAGGAUGCCUUUCUAGUCCAACUAUAACGCCAAGAAAAGCUGCCGCACAUUCGGCUGUCAACAAAACGCUUCAAUCCGAGUUUGUUUUAACAAAAUUUUUAGUUUUCCUUAAAAGAAAUCCUCAUUAUGAUCCUCUGUAUUGCUUGUGCUUGGCUGUUGAAGCUUGGAGAUGGGAAGUUGUUCAAUAUUUGUGUUCUGCGCGCGGUCUUUUGCUAGAAAAACUUUGUGUCUUGCUAGACAACUGUACGUUGCCGCUGAUAAGUCGCAAGUCCGACAACCCUUGGAAUUGCAGCACGCCUUUUGAAGAGAACUUAACAGUGAGUUGCUUCGUGGAUCGUGAUCAGGAGACCGGCUAUCUUCACUGCCUCACUGACCCCAUGCUCAGGAAUGUGCUUAUGCUAAAGCAUCGUCUUGCUUGGAAGCACUACAACAAGUCUCUGCAACUCCUACCUUCCCUGUCCCUUCCUCUUCUCCUGAGACUAGCUUCUCUCUACGACCCCAGCCACCCUUCCCUCGCCGCCUUCCUCGCAAGUCCUCAGGUCUACACGUCCUGCCCCUACACACAGCACUGCCACCUGGAGGCUGAGCAGGGACCUCCCUCAUUGCGCCACGUCGUUCACUUGUUCCUGAGUUUGCUGAUACGCAUCAACGCGUUGCGCGGCUGGCGGUUUGCAAUUGACUUCGUCACCGCUCUGCCUGCGCCGGCUAUGCCUAGUCACGCGAUUGCGGGAGGUGAUCUCUUGCCGAGAGGAAAGCUCUUGCUGUGCUGCGGCUUCAGCAGCAGCGCGGCCGCGUUCAAUGGCCGCCUCUACUGUUGGGGAGCUGCUAAAGGAGGGGUGCUGGGGUUGGGGCUCACACCGCGCCGCAUACCUGCUGGGGAUGACAACAAUGCUGACGCUCAUCUACGACCCCAGCUGAAGCCUUCCCCACUCAUGGCUGAAAUUAAGGCCCUGAACGAACCUGACGGGCCAGUGUGCGACAGCUCGCCUUUAUCGCCGCGCCACGCUCCUGACGACGCUCCUGCAGCGGCUGUAGGAGGCGCCGCGGCCUGCGAGGAGUUGAUGGAACCUCUUCUGGUCGAGGGCUUGGCCCACAAGUCGGUCGUGGCUGUGGCGUGCGGCAGGAGCCACAUGCUUGCCCUCACUACGUCAGGAGUGUACGGCUGGGGCAGCAAUACGUACGGGGAAGUGGGCACAGGAUGCCCGGGCAGCGUCCUGCGUCCUGUGUUGCUGUGCGCCCCUGCCUUGUUGCAGUCCUCGGUCACCGCCCUGGCGUGUGGUCAAUACCACUCGCUCGCGCUCACGUCAAGUGGCAGGGUCUUGUCGUGGGGCUGGGGUGUGCAUGGUCAGCUGGGCCACGGCGACGUCGAGGACCGCAACAAACCCUCGCUUGUGACGGCGCUGCGCAAGAGGCAUGUCGUGGGCAUCGCUGCGGGCUACGCGCACUCGGUGUGUGUGGACGACAAAGGUUGCGUGUAUGCGUGGGGCUGCAGCGUGUACGGCCAGUGCGGCACCGGUAACCUCGACAAGAUUACCUCCCCUAAGGGAGUAUCAUUGCCUGCGCCAGUCACCCAUCUCGCUGCUGGCUACUUCCACAACUUGUGUGUCACGACUGAGGGAGAAAUUUGGUUCUGGGGAUGCAAUCCAACCGCUUUAAAAGUUCAGGCUCAUAUCCAGCGACGGUCACGAGCAGCUAAGACUCAAGAGGAUGCUGCAGAAGGACAGAAAAACGGUGAAACUGUUCCGAAAACCUGCACUGAUACCCAAGGACUUGACAAAACUGUGGAUAACAAGUCAACUGGUCUAUCGAAUCUGGUCCUGUGUGCUCAUGCCGCUCCCAACGGUUCUGUGCCGGGCGCUCAUGGUCAGCAAGCUCGACAAAUCCCACCGUUAAAUUUGAAACCCUCGGGCAUUAAACCAUCGGAAAAGAGUGAAUCUCCUGCAGGAAGUGGAAUUCAAGACUCGCCCGAUGUAGAUGCCAAUACCAGCGAUCGCUCUUGCAAUGAUGUGCUUUGUGUCAAGGAUGAAGCUACAGUUCAUUCACCUAUAAAUGGUUCGAAAUUAUCUUCUGAGAAACACGGCAGGUUAUGGCGCGUGGGAGAAGUUAGUUCUAGCAACACUGUCCCUUCGUGUGACCCUGAGGACAUGGCCCACCUUCUUCCCACCCUCGUGCCCAUGCCCCCCAACUGGGGUGAAUGUAAGAACCUUAGUGCUGGGGCUCAGCACUCAGCGCUGCUCACGACUCGAGGAGAACUCUACACGUGGGGACGUAACCUCUGCGGCCAGCUCGGCACGGGCAACCGACAGGAGAGCCCGCGCCCCACGGCCGUGAUGAAGGAGCUCGUCGUCACCGCCGUCGCUUGUGGCGCCGACUGUACCCUGGUCGCUGACGACAGCGGCCAAGUCUGGGGGUUUGGAUCUAAUUUUCACUCGCAGCUGGGCGGCAUGGCUGCUAAAGGUGCUGGCGGAGAUAAGGGACAGCCUGUGCGCGUCUUCACCCUCAAGACGGCUAAGAGGAUACUCAAGGUUCCCCACAGCGUUCACUCCAACGUGGAGGUGCCUCGCCCGGUGCCCGGACUACCGUCAGUUGCCCCCGAGAUGCCGCUCGAGGAGGACAUGCGCACCUCGCUGCAGCUGGAGCGAUGGUUACGAGAGCUGCGCUUCUCUGAAGACGUUGCCCUCACCAGCGGCAGCCCUUCUCCUGCAGCUUACGGAGCUGAAAUUUUGCAGCGCGCUCUGCUGAACUUACACCAGCACUACGACCCCACUGACGUGGUGGACCAGCUCAAAGCAGCUGGGGCACACCAGGCAGCUGGUGCUGUUUUCUGUGCUCAGCUGGACCACGCUUCAGCCAUGCAGUGCCAUCUGGGUGCAGUUUUUUCCACGGACUCUGAGGAUGAGUGUGGAGACCGCGACAAGGUCGCGCUGCAGGUGGUGCAGACUUACCUAGACGAUCUCUACGGCGACGGCGGCGAUGUAGCUGCUGUAGCUCCCGCUGCUGAGUCCGCAUUGCUGUACUUCCAGCAGCGCGGGCGGCCUCUGGGGCUGCUGGAAGAACUCCUGCUACUGCACUUCCCUGCCCUGCUGCCUAAUCUUGCUGUUGCGAUUCUCAAAGAUGAUGGCGAUGACAGUUUGGUGUCGCAUCUCACCCCAAGUUUCUGCCUCAAAUUAACAGCUGCUCUGAACGAGAGAAUUUCACGAGACCCCAAGCUGCGACUGCCGAAGUCUUCACAGACACAACUGCUGCAGACCGUAGUAGACCCUGCAGUGCUGCGCGUGUCAGCUGACACUGUCAUGCAGGCUGCUGCCUCCCCUUCACUCGUUGUCUUCUCCUGCCAGCACGCCUUCACCCCGGAAGACCUUAAGGAGCGGGAGUUGCCGGAACUGGCGGCGGCCUGCGCCAACAUGGAAGGGAUAAUGGGCGCCGCGGCGCGCCAGCUUCUCUCCUGCUACCUUCAAGAUGACGACGAGAACAGCGAACGGCAGUCCGUGGACCAUCUCACUCGUGGCGAUGUCAGUGAUCGCUCUGUUGAUGACAUCGUCACUCGUAGCCUGGGUGUUGUUGGCACUGAAGUCACUGGUGUUGUUGACGGUUCAGAUCUCCCAGCAAGCAACUUACAAAAUGUUACUCCGAAAAAUACGAAUGAAAUCGUAGUUUCUAAUGAACUCGGCGUAGAGCUCAAAGAUGGCAGUGAGCGAGAAAAAUCUAAUAAGGUGUUCAGCAAGAGCUCUUCAGACGCUCAAGGUGAAGGAACGGCGUCGUGCACACCGUGUCCGGCCUGUGCGCUCACUGAGCUGCUGGGCGGAGUAAAGCCUUCCGACCUGAGCAAGUGAUACCAAUGUAGUGAGCUGUCAACGUGCGUAUCUGCACCAAGAUCUAUUUGAUUCAGUAAUCACUUACUGACUUCCCGUAUGUGUUCUUAUUCAACGGCUCGAUUAUUAUCGUCAUGCCUUGUUAAUUAUUUCUAUGUAACGAGAGAAAAGGAAUAUAUGGCGCGAUUCUGCGUUAUUUUUCUGCUGCUUGGUACUGAAAAUGCGUUGCAAACAUCAACCGCGAACGUCUCUACAAUGAUUGUUGGCCAUGAUCGUCGGUAAAAUAUCGCGCUGGCCGCUCCUGAUGAUUGCACCGCAGACUGUGAUAUCAAAACGCGGAUACUGACGGCCAAUCAUUAUUCUUGUGUAAUGAUCUCUCAUUAUCUCAAACAAGUUCAUUUUAAGCAACAUCUUCAUUAUAAUAUUCGAUAGAUUUAAUAAGACAUUGUGCAAUUUGGUAUGGAACUCCUACCGACGUGCCGUACUUGAGUGCUGGUGAUCUGCACUUGCGUUAUUCGUGAACAUUUUUGCUAUUUAGGGCAUGAAAUUUUUAUGUAGUGUUUGACCUUCUCUAGGAAUAAGUUUAUGCGAGUGUCGCUUCGCGUCUCAAGUGCCUGUUCAUUGAAGCUUUACUUCAAAUUAUCGCUCUUGCUGAUGGAAUGAGCAGUUCUAGAAUUGCUGUCUUGGUUGAUUGGUGCGUGGCAGCCAACGGAACUCCUGCUAUGGAGUUUUAGAGAGGAACGAGUGGAUAAAUCUUCAAUAUUCACUUGUGGUGCAUGAAUACUAGUGAUAAAGUGAUGCUGUUUCUUGUGAUCCUCACAGCUUUGUCAGCAAAGAUAUAAAUGGGGUCUACUUUGUUUUACCCGGCAUGAUUUCCAUGAAAUUUUGGAAAAAUUUAUUUGACUAGUUAUUUCUGUGUGUGUUUAUAACAAAGUAUUAACUUUAGGAGCAAGAAAUCGUUAUCAUCUGUUCUCCGCGGGAGGAUUUGGCAGCUCAUCUCGCGUCAUGGCGUAGAUCCAGAUAUUGAGUUUUAGGCUAAAUAAUUACGAGUGAGAACUUAGUUUGAAUGCCUCGUUUUGGUUCUGGUGAACUCGUAUUUUAUGCAUUAAUAAUAUUCGAAGAUGUUCAAUUUUUUUUUCGUAAUCGAUGUUCAGUGCUGUUAUAGAAGUAAGCUUAUUUCCCUCAUUAAUAUUGUUAUAGACUUUAAUUGCACUCAGUUCUUAUAAGUCACAAAUUAGCAGCUGCUACAAGUAUUGGCGCAUUUGCCUUCAGCUUUGCUGGUGAAAUCGAAGCUCUCUUGGGUUCAUUAGAAAAGUCUAUCUUAAUGUCUGCUCUGCUGCGUGCUCGCCGUGGAGCCAAAGAAGGAGUUUUUUGCGGUUCACUAUCACAUUUUGAGUGUUAGGUUUGGAUAUACUAGAUUCUUCAGUCUUCACUGAUGAAUGCCCAUAAGCAGGAGAAAAUAAUGUGAAAGAAUCAAGACCUGAAUGGCCGCCAUGGUUGACGCACCUGACAUUGACGGUAGAGGCUGGGCAAUGGAAUGAACCUUCAUUUUUCGGGUUUGUUAUUAAUUUUAGUGGCAUUUAUCCAUUUCCUUUGUUAAGUUGAAAUGAAUUUUAAUGCUAUUUAAAAGUAUCGCACGCAUAUACAUAAAUAUAGUCUCUAAAAUAAAUUUCAUUGAAAUGUGCAGAUUGUUUCUUUAGUUUUCAGUCGAGUUAACGAACUUCGCAUCUGUCACUCGCCAUCUAAAAUGUUUCUCAUUGGUCUAAGUGUCAUUGUAUUGUUUCUUUGCACUAAAACCAUUUGCGUUGCGGACAUUUUCAACUAUCAGGCGCUAAAUUCGAGAUAUUUCACCGAAAAUGGAAGGACGGUCUCAGGAUAUAUACUAUGACUUGAUGUCUCAGCUGUUUAUUGUCAUUCAUGUAUUUUAAGCCCAUCGAACUGGGCAGUUUCUACCUCUAAUGGGAGGUUUCAGUUGACUUCAUACAUUCUUGGAGAAUAGUCUUCUCAUGAGUGCACAACUAAGUCCAAAGUGCCUAGUAAAUGAUGAAAUAAUCGAUCGUGUGAGCCACAGUUAAAUUUAUGUGCAUUAUUUCGUUUAAUAUUCCGACUACCAGAAAGCUUCAUCAAGCUGUGCUUGUAAUCAUAUCAAUGAGAACGAAGUUCAGUCAAUUGAGGUUCGAGUCUAAUUUUACAUGUAGAACGCUUCUAAUUAAGUCACCUUCAGCAUGGUUAAAUUUUGUAUAACGAUGAAGUCAACUCGUGAAAUCCCAUGACUAUUAUUACAAUACUAUGUUUAAUGUUAGGACUAAGGAUACUUAUUGCUGUCUGUGUAAUUUGGAUAAAAUACAGGAAUGGUUUCAAUAAAGUUCAGCAGGUUAAGAACUAAUAGCGUUCUGGGGGCGUAAGUUGCCGCUUGACUUCAUCCAAGAUAUAUUCUGCCUGUCAUCGAGUUUUUACGAAAUUCGAAACGAAACGAAAUUAGAAUGUACUGAUAUGAAAGCAUUACACUUCGAAUGUAUUUUCAUCGUCAUUAGGAAGAGCCAUCUACGUCUGUAAUUCUCGCAACCUUUCCCUUUAUUUUUUUUCGAUGCCUCAUCAGUCCCGAAAUAAUGCACUCACACACUUUGGAAUGGUAUACUCUUCAUGGAAUCAAUUGAACUGAUCAUUUAACUGCUGUAAUUUAACGCAAUUUUAUAUUCACUUCAGAGUAAGCUAGUCAGCUGCAAUUGUGGGCAUUUUUAGAGCCAGUAUUUUUUACCAAGAAAUACGGCAAAAUAAAUAAGUUCUGUAGACAAUUCAGUUCAAGAAGUCUUAUUGCCUGGUUGACAGAGUGACAUAAAGGGAUAUUCAUCAUCUCAUGACCUUGGUGCUAUGGUCUUUUACACCCUGGUAUCUCUGAAAGUAUUUCGUCAGCAGCACAAAUAGCUUAAUGCAAAAACCACUGCCUCUGUGUAACGUGAACGGCUGCUCUGGACUUACCUCCGGAGCUGGUGAUAUUCGUCACCGUUAAGAGUUUGUUGUGUUCGCUAAAACUUUCUGUAAUAUUUACAUCAAAGGAUUGAGCUGCAAUCUCGUGCAAUCAAGGACAACUUAACCUUCAUCAAUAUAUUUGGAUAUUCCA